GUGAAAUAGCCAAAAGGGCGGUUGCAUUUCUAAACCACAUUUCCUACCAAAAACCACAGACGCACAAACCAAAAUCAUCUCACCCAGAAAAACCCCAGUUCACAAAUCACACACAGUUCAAAACCCCUCUUCUACUUUCCUGUAGCUUUCACCAAGUUCACAUCUUUGAAGGCUUUGAGAGAGAGAGAGAGAGAGAGAGAGAGAGCUUCAAGCUCAUCAGUAGCUUAUGGUGUCUGUGAACCCAAACCCAGCACCUCAGGGUUUCUACUUAUUCGAUCCCACCAACAUGGGCCUCCCGGGCCUCAAUUCCAUGCCGCCGCCCACCACGCCUUCUACGACCACCACCACCACGUCGUCCGCGCCCCAAAACGCCGCGUCGUUGGCCGAGGAUCUGAGCAAGAAGAUCCGGAAACCCUAUACGAUUACCAAGUCCAGGGAGAGCUGGACUGAACAGGAGCACGACAAGUUUCUAGAAGCUCUCCAGCUAUUUGACCGCGACUGGAAGAAGAUUGAAGCAUUUAUUGGCUCAAAAACGGUUAUCCAGAUACGUAGCCAUGCACAAAAGUACUUUUUGAAGGUUCAGAAAAAAGGGACAAGCGAGCAUGUACCUCCUCCUCGGCCAAAGAGGAAAGCAACUCAUCCAUACCCACAAAAAGCUCCUAAAAGUGCUCCAGUAGCAUCUCAAGUUGUUGUGCCAUUUGAAUCCUCAUCUGCUUUGCUUGAACAUGGAUAUGCUUACCAGCCAGACUCCUCAUUUGUGCUUGGCACUCCAGUUACCAGUGCAAGUUUACCUUCCUGGAGUCAUAGUUAUGUGCCUCCAGUCAAUGCAUCACAAAUAACUAAAGAUGAUGGAAAGCUAGCUGGUUCAACAGAUGCACAGAACUCUUGCUACAGUAGUAGUAACGAAAGCAAGCCUACAACUCGCCAGCCACAGAGAGUUUUGCCAGAUUUUGCUCAGGUGUAUAAAUUCAUCGGCAGUGUUUUUGACCCCAGUUCGACUAGUCAUUUGGAGAGACUGAAACAAAUGGACCCUAUAAAUUUGGAGACAGCACUUUUGUUGAUGCGAAAUCUAUCCAUUAAUUUAACAAGUCCCGAGUUUGAGGAUCAUAGAAGGAUACUUUUAUCAUAUGAAACAAAAUCUGAGAAAGCUAAACCUGAGAACAGUUGCAACUUUUCUUGCCAUGGUAAAUCGGAGAAUGCCAUCCUAUCUACUUAGGAAACGGAAGGGGAAUGGUGCGGAACGAUGAAGUUCACUUAACAGUUUUAGCGCGGAGUCUUUGUAAAUAUGCGGAAUAUGCAGGGUUAUGCAGGAUAGAUCAGUUACCGUGCAGCUUGUCGAAGAAUCAAUGCCAGUUUUAAUUUAACCAGGUCAUCAAGAAAUGAAGGAUGAUACAGUCAAUUCAGUGUCCGCCUUGGCUGUCUUGUAUAGAGUUUGUAGUUGUACAUCUGUUGGCUGUACAUGGUUGUUUAGACAUGUUUUUGGUUUUGACAUGCUAGUGAAUAAGGAAAGGAGUUAAUGAUGGUGCAUCCAACUCCAGUGGAUACAUUUGUGGUACUUCUCAGCCUUGUGAAGUUUCAAUCUGAGUUUAGGAAUCCCUUUCACGCCUCAUGUUUCCCAACUCAAGAAGUACCACAAUCUUAAUAAUACCACUUGGAUGGGGAUUCCCAUAUUAGUUUA